CUUCACUGUAGCCGAUAGCUACCACCGCUGAUCCGUCGUGUUGCGGCUGUUACAAAACCUUCUAGGUUUUAACACGACUUUUUGAGCUAUCUUUUCUAUUCUGUCUUUAUUUUUUUUUUUAUCUCCUUGUCGACAAGACAACAAUUAUACUGACGUUCCUUUUGUAAAGGUCGCUCUUUCCUGCCCCACUCCCAGAACAUUAUUCUUUUCAGAUAUUCUUUGUCAAGCCGCCAAAGUGGAGAGUGUCGUUGCACCAGGGGGUCCUUCUCGUUUCAGUGUAGGGGGAGGAGGUGGGGGUGCACCUCAGCACUGUCCCAAGACUGUCGGCAACAGCGAGUUCCUGGGGAAAACCCCAGGUUCUGGCGUUGAGAGAUGGUUACCUUCUCGAAGCACUAGACGAGAUGCCAACUCCUCCAACGAGAAAGGGCAAAAUGAUGCAAUCUUCAGGAAAGUGAGAGGCAUACUUAAUAAGCUGACUCCUGAGAAGUUUGACAAACUAUGCCUGGAGCUCCUCAAUGUGGGUGUAGAUUCAAAACUGGUCUUAAAAGGAACCAUCUUGUUGAUUGUUGAUAAAGCCCUUGAAGAGCCCAAGUAUAGCCAGUUAUACGCUCAACUAUGUCUACGCCUGGCAGAGGAUGCACCCAACUUUGAAGGCCCAUCAACAGAAAAUCAAGCAACACAAAAGCAGAAUACAACCUUCAGAAGGCUUCUGAUUUCCAAGCUUCAAGAUGAAUUUGAGAACCGUGCCAAAAAUGUUGAACUCUUUGACAAACAUGACAACCCGCUCACCUCUGAGGAGGAGGAGCAGCGUGCUAUUGCAAAGAUCAAGAUGCUGGGCAACAUCAAAUUCAUUGGGGAACUUGGCAAACUCAACCUUAUCCACGAAUCUAUCCUUCAUAAGUGCAUCAAAACACUUUUGGAGAAGAAGAAGAGAGUCCAACUUAAGGAUAUGGGUGAAGAUUUGGAAUGCCUCUGUCAGAUAAUGAAAACAGUGGGUCCUAAACUUGAUCAUGAAAAGGCUAAAUCUUUGAUGGAUCAGUACUUUAGCCGCAUGAGAUCCUUAACGAACAACGACGAACUGCCAGCUAGGAUUCGCUUCCUGCUGCAGAAUACGGUGGAGCUGCGAGACAACAACUGGGCACCUCGCAAAGCUUACGUUGACAACGGACCAAAGACGAUCAACCAAGUUCGUCAGGAUGCAGUAAAGGAUUUAGGUGUUUUUAUUCCACCUCCAACUGAUGGAAUGAGGAAUGAGUUUUUCAUGGAAAACUCCUCUUUCCUGCCAACAAGGAUCAAGUUUGACAGGGAAACUCUUGGUGGGCUAGCUGAUAUGUUUGGACAAAUGCCUGGAAGUGGCAUUGGUACAGGUCCAGGGGUCAUUCAGGACCACUAUUCCCCUACCAUGGGACGUCAUCGCUCAAACCCGAUCUACAAUGGCCACAUUGGAAAUGGCAACAGUUCACACCAGCCUCAGUUUGAAGCAGGAAGCAAACCAUUCAUAAAACCAAACCAGGGCCAGAAUUCACCGGUUUUCAACCAUAAACAGAAUCACUCAGUGCAGAUGCAGUCUAAGGAUAUGGCUCCACGAUUCAGCAAGAAAGGGAAGCUCAAUGCUGAAGAGAUCAGCCUGAGGCCAGCACAGUCCUUCAUCUUGAAUAAAAAACAAGUGCCGAAGCUGCAGCCACAGAUGACUAUGAUUCCUCCAAGUGCACAAGGCUCCCUACUAGGACAGUCUCCACAGCUUGGCCUGAAAACCAAUCCUCCUCCAAUUCAGGAAAAACCUGCAAAGUCCAUUAAAAAAGCUCCUCCUACAAAGGAAGAGUUGCGUAAAAUGACAGAGACAUUGGUGGCAGAUUACCUGAACAGCAAGAACAUCGAUGAGGCAGUGAAUGUUGUGAGGGAGAUGAAGGCUCCAAAGCACUUUCUGUCUGAGCUGCUGAACAAGAUCGUGGUCUAUACCCUUGAUCGUUCAGAUGAGGAUAAGGAACAUGCAAGCACCCUGAUCCAGGCACUCUGCACCGAGGGCCUUGCCACUGGUGAAAACCUAAUGCAGGCCUUUUUGAGUGUUCUGGACCAGUGUCCCAAGAUUGAGGAAGAAGUCCCACUGGUGAAGUCCUUCCUGGCCCAGUUUGCAGCACGCGCGAUCGUUGCCGACCUGGUCAGCAUUUCAGAUUUGGCCCAUCACCUGGAGAAUGGUACCCAUUUCCCGCUGUUCUUGCUGUGCCUGCAGCAGAUGGUCAAACUGAAAGACCGUGAGUGGCUUACUGACGUGUUCCAGCAGAGCAAGGUCAACAUGCAGAAGAUGCUACCUGAAAUUGACCAGAACAAGGACAGGAUGCUGGAGAUUCUGGAGGGAAAAGGUCUCAGCUUUUUGUUCCCACUGAUGAAACUGGAGAAGGAGCUGCUGAAGCAGAUCAAAGUAGAUCCCUCUCCACAGUCAAUCUACAAGUGGAUCAAAGACAACAUCUCUCCUAAACUCCACACUGACAAAGGCUUUGUCAACAUCCUCAUGACCAGCUUCUUGCAGUACAUUGCUUAUGAGAUCAACCCUGACGAUGAUGAAGAGCAGCUUGCAUCGCCCACUAAGGAGCAGCUGGAUGAGGAGAAGCAACUGCUGCUGUCUUUCAAGCCAGUGAUGCAGAAGUUCCUACACGAUCACAUCGACCUACAAGUUGGUGCGCUGUAUGCCCUGCAGGUCCACUGCAAUGCCAAGGGUUUCCCCAAAGGCAUGUUACUGCGCUACUUUGUGAACUUUUAUGACAUGGAAAUAAUUGAAGAAGAAGCCUUCCUUUCAUGGAAAGAAGAUGUCACCCAAGAGUAUCCAGGGAAGGGAAAAGCAUUAUUUCAGGUGAACCAGUGGCUGACCUGGCUGGAGACCGCAGAAGAAGAGGAGUCAGAGGGUGAAGAUUACUGAGAAACAGGCCAAAGCCAUGUGUUAUCAGGAUGCAAUGAAUGAUUUCUUCUUUUUUUUUUUUUACUUUGUCAUUUAUUUGGUCUACACGUGCCCUUCCCUGUCUCAACCUAACCCUUUCCCUCUCUCGUUGUUUAUAAAUAUUUUCCAACCACUGUUACAAUUCAUUCCACUAUGAAAUGUUUUGCCAGAACAAGCCAGCACCCACCACCAUCUUAUUGUAUUUAUGCUUUUCCUUCUCAUUUAUUUGAUGUCCAAGAGCAGAUGUUUUAGACAUUUCAGUUAUCUCUGGUUUUCUUUGACAGUAGGCAGUAUUGUGCAGGAAACUGUACCAGCACCAAACCCUGACCCAUUCUAUCACCUUUUACAUCUGGUAGGAGUCACCAAGUGCUGCCCUAACUAUUUACUUAAAAACUGUUUACAAAAGAGAAAAGCCUCCAACGUAUUGCAAAGAGACUUUUCUCAUUGUUUUAUCAACAUUUGUUAAUCAGUUUUUAGAUGCACUUUGCUCAAUAUCAUGAGUCGUUGCAAUAGUAAGAUACACUUUCCUUGAUUUGUUGAAACAAUCCUAAGUUGUGGUUUUUGGCUGCCAUAAUUGUAAUGGUUUUCUUGUGCGUAAAAGGCAGACCAUUUUGUCUCCAGAUUCAUAAUAAUCUGGAUUUGACGAUGUCUAACAAUAAUGGCCUGUUUUAUUUGCACAGUGUGAUUUCAUUUACCCACAUUUAGUUUAAUGAAUCAAGAGCUUUUUUAUGUACAAAACUUUUGUGCUGUUAAGAAUGAAUCUGUGUGGCCUUUUUUAAUUUAUCAGUUCAUAUGGAUAUACCUCUAAUGUAUCGGACUAUACUUGAAUGUCUCGGUUUUAACAUUGAGACAGCCAAAGCUUAGUUUCCUGUGCUACAGUUGUAUUUUACGUCUGUUUGCCAUAUUUGUCAAGUUUUUAAAUGGUCUUUUUAUCUUCAUGAAAUUAUUAAAAAAAAAAAAAAAUUUAAAAUGUACUGUAUGUGUACACUUAAACCUUCUUUAGGAGUUUCACUGUAAUGUUAAGUGCAAGAAGUUGAGUGUACAAUUACAGAUCGGCCUUGAAUAAAGUUUAACAGUUCA